CGAUGACGUCAUCAUGCCGCGCGCAGAUCAGGCUCGAAGUGUGGCGGCGAUGAGCCGCAGGUGACCAGACUGUGGGGCGACGGCAAUUAGCAUGAGCGGCUGCGGGCUCUUCCUGCGCAGGGCGGCUGCGGCUCGAGCCCGCCGGGCUCUGGUGGCCCUCACGGCCAGCCGACGCCCGCUGCGCACCAGUCCGCAGAGUCGAGCUUUCGCCAAGGAGCUCUGCUUGGGCAAAAUUGAGAAGAAUGGAGUUUUCCCAUUUCCAGAGGUGAGCCAAGAUGAACUUAACGAAAUCAAUCAGUUAGUGAAACCUGUGGAGAAAUUCUUCCUGGAAGAGGUGGACUCUCGGAAAAUUGACCGGGAGGGGAAAAUCCCAGAUGACACUUUGGAGAAACUAAAGAGCCUGGGGCUGUUUGGGAUGCAGGUCCCAGAAGAGUAUGGCGGCCUGGGCCUCUCCCACACCAUGUACGCCCGGCUGGGGGAGGCCAUCAGCCUGGACCCAUCCAUCACCGUGACCCUCGCGGCGCACCAGGCCAUCGGCCUCAAGGGGAUCAUCUUGGUCGGCACUGAAGAGCAGAAGGCCAAAUACCUGCCCAAGCUGGCGUCUGGGGAGCACAUUGCCGCCUUCUGCCUCACGGAGCCAGGCAGUGGGAGCGAUGCCGCCUCCAUCCAGUCCAGAGCCACGUUAAGUGAAGACAAGAAGCACUAUAUCCUCAAUGGCUCCAAGGUCUGGAUCAGCAACGGAGGACUGGCCAGCGUCUUCACGGUGUUUGCAAGGACCGAGGUGGCUGAUUCCGACGGCUCGGUAAAAGACAAAAUCACAGCCUUCAUUGUUGAAAGAGACUUCGGUGGAGUCACUAAUGGGAAGCCUGAAGACAAGUUAGGCAUUCGGGGUUCCAAUACUUGUGAAGUCCACUUCGAAAACACCAAAGUGCCUGUCGAAAAUGUCCUUGGAGAAGUUGGAGGGGGCUUUAAGUUGGCCAUGAACAUCCUCAACAGCGGGCGGUUCAGCAUGGGCAGCUUAUCGGCAGCAGUGAUCAAGAAAUUGAUUGAACUGACUGCCGAAUACGCCUGCACAAGGAAGCAGUUCAACAGGAAACUGAGUGAAUUCGGAUUAAUCCAGGAAAAGUUUGCACUGAUGGCUCAGAAGGCUUAUGUGAUGGAAAGCAUGGCCUACCUCACCGCGGGGAUGCUGGACCAGCCAGGGCUUCCGGACUGCUCCAUCGAGGCAGCCAUGGUGAAGGUGUUCAGCUCCGAGGGUGUCUGGCAGUGUACGAGCGAAGCGCUGCAGAUCCUGGGGGGCUCGGGCUACAUGAAGGACUACCCCUUCGAGCGCAUGCUGCGCGACGCCCGCAUCCUCCUCAUCUUCGAGGGAACCAACGAGAUCCUCAGGCUGUUCAUCGCUCUGACAGGCCUGCAGCACGCCGGCCGAACCCUGACCGCAAAGAUGAAUGAGUUGAAACGGGGCAACAUGAGCGUAGUCAUGGAGACUGUUGGCCGGAGGCUUCGGGACUCUCUGGGCCAGACUGUGGACAUGGGCCUGACAGGUGAUCUUGGACUGGUGCAUCCUAGUCUUGAGGACAGCGCCAUCAAGCUUGAGCAGAACGUCUUUCUCUUCGGCCGCACAGUUGAGGCACUGCUGCGCCGCUUUGGAAAGCCCUGUCCCCAGAGCAUCGUGGACGAGCAGCUGGUGCUGAAGCGGGUGGCCAACAUCCUCAUCAACAUGUACGGCAUGGUGGCCGUGCUGUCGAGGGCCAGCCGCUCCAUCCGUAUUGGGCUCCGGGACCACGACCACGAGAUUCUGUUGGCCAACAUGUUCUGUGUGGAAGCUUAUUUUCAGAAUCUCUUCAGCCUGUCUCAGCUGGACAAGGAUGCUCCAGAAAACCUGGAUAAGCAGACCAAGAAAAUAGCCCAGCAGAUCCUGGAGAAGCGCGCCUACAUCUGUGCCCACCCGCUGGACAGGAUGUCCUGAGCCGGGAUAGUGCUACUUCCCGCCCUCAGGCCACGGCUGACACCAUGGAGAAGCCAGGGCCAUCCCAGCUGGACCCACUGUCUCCAGUGGGCACUCGACAGCUUCCUCCUGGCCCAGGGCCUUGGCUGGCUCUGACCCGCAGCCUGUGUCUGACCAGGUCACAGCUGCCCACAGCCUCAGAAAGCGCGGAGUUGCCGAGGCCUGGCGCUAUGGCUAUGGGACAGGGGAGAAGAUACCAUGGUGGUGGCCCCAGGCAUGCAGGGCUCUGGCUGAGGCAGGGGCAGCCGUUUCUACCGACCACAGGUCAAGAAGCAGCUUGGAGGCUGUGGAUGGGUACUAGGAGCAAAACGCACUUCAAAUGUGUUGGGAGCCGUUUAACAAAGAAUAUAAAGUGUGUCCCUUUCUA